AUGCGCACCAGCUUCCCGGAUGACGUCGCUGGGAAGGUCAUCGGCCGUGUCAGGGUGGCGGUGUCCCAGCUCGACGCCAGCAAGCCCAGCCUGGCCGGCAGCGCGUCAUGGGUCAUUUCCAGCUGGACCAGCAAGCUGGACCUCAUCACCUCCCUGCACAGCACCGACUUUCUGCCGUGUUUUGCGGGCCUCACCACCUACACCACUUUCCGCAACCAGCCCGUGAUCGACGGUGGUUAUGCCAACGGCUUUGAAGAGCUGUGCCCCGACAGCAACACCGCCAAGUGCCUGAAGUUGGCAAGCUGGGCGGUCGGUCCGUUUGGAAACCUCACCGGCUGUGCGCCGCACGAUGCGUCUGGUGAUAGGACGGAUCGGGUCAAGCAGCUGUACCAGAACCCGAAGCUGUCGAGUGACUGGGCGCUGGAGUACAUCCAGGAGCAGUGCCCCGUGGACAAGUGGAGCACGGCCUCCCCUGGGCCCCUGUCGCCCAAAUUUGUGCCGCAGAACAGCACCACCCCGGACAUAUGUGGGUACGCCAAGAUGCUCGACUGGAAGGGCCGGGCCAUCACGGCGUGCGAGUGGCAGGAGUGGUCGAUGAAGCUGCCCUCAGGACAGGAGCUGGCCGCCAUGGACCAUGCGUACAGACAGGGAGCAUUUGCUGGUGCUGUCAUCAACAGGCAGCGCCCCUGCGGCCCCUAG